AUGGACUCCGCGAAUGUGGUUCAGUCUCUGGCAAAUCUAACGUUUGCUGAUCUCGAGGAUGACUCUUCUCAACACCAAGUUCCAAACAUUUCCUUGGAUCCUGGAGAUGAUGAGGUGGUCUUCUACGUAGUUGGGCGACUGUUGACUGAAAAGCCGAUCAAAUUUCAAUAUCUCCGGGAUACUAUGGCGUCAAUCUGGCGUCCAGCAAUGGGUAUGAAUGUUCAAGAGUUGAGUGCCCGAAAAUAUCUGUUUAAGUUCUAUCAUGAGUCAGAUCUCUCUCGUGUUAUCGAUGAUGGCCCGUGGACGUUUGAACAGAGUCUCUUUGUUCUAAAGCAUAUCUCUGAGAGUGAUGAUCCAGAAAUAGUGGUCUUGGACCAAGCCGAGUUCUGGAUUCAGAUCCAUGGCUUGCCAAAUGGGUAUCGCUCUGAAGCUGUUCUCAAUGCUGUUGGCAAAUACAUUGGUGUGGUGUGUAAAGUUGAUGAACGCAACUUUGAUGGUUCUAUGCGUCAGUUCCAUAGGAUUCGAGUGGCUGUCAAGGUUAACGAAGCUUUGAAGAAAGGUUUGAGAAUCAAGAAAGAUAAUGGUGAAUGGAUUCGAUUAGAGUUCCGCUAUGAAAGAUUACCUACAUUCUGUUUUAUAUGUGGCAUGUUGGGUCAUGGAGAUAAGUACUGCCCGAGGCUAGUUCAAGGUUGGGAUCGCAAAGCAGAGAAACCUUUCGGGCCAGAAUUACGUGCUGGGAACAGACGAAACUCUCCGGUGACCGGAAAUCGAUGGCUGGCUCCGGAAACGGCGGCUGAGAGAAAGAUAUGGGCGGCGCCGGGAAGAGAGGGGAUUUCGGACUGGAAAGGAAAGGCCCCGCAAUCCAUGCAAGAAGAUAGUCUUACCACAUAUGACAAAAACAAUGUAAGCAGUUCUGGUAAGGCCUUGGCUAUUAUGGAAGGAAAUAGCGUGAAUAAUUCUUUCCAUGCAAAAGAUGACGCGGCAGACUUGGAUGACAGUAUUAUUAUUCUGGAGCAGAAGCGACGUCGUACAGAGACUCCAAUUAUCCAACUUACUCCUUUGGCUGAUUCCAUGGACGUCAAAAGCACUGUUUCAAAAAACGGGUUGAUGGCGGGUUCUGGCACUUCCCAGUCCCGCCUAUCUCAAUGA